AUCCGGAAGGCUGCCCAGCACGGAGUGUGCUCGAUCCUCAAGGGCAGCGAGUUCAUGUUUGGCGAAAAGGCCCCAGCCCAUCAUCCUGCGGCAGUGUCCACCGCCAAGUUCUGCAUCCAGGAGAUCGAGAAGUCCGGAGGCGCCAGGGAGGCCACCACCACGCUGCACAUGCUGACGCUGCUUAGGGACCUGCUGCCCUGCUUCCCGGAAGGCCUGGUGAAGAGUUGCUGCGAGACACUCCUCAGGGUCAUGACCUUGAGUCACGUGCUGGUGACAGCCUGUGCCAUGCAGGCCUUUCACAGCCUCUUCCACGCCAGGCCUGGCCCGGGCACCCUGUCAACAGAACUCAACGCACAGAUCAUCACGGCCUUGUACGACUAUGCUCCCAGUGAGAGUGACUUACAGCCCCUGCUGGCCUGGCUUAAGGUCAUGGAGAAGGCCCACAUCAACCUGGUCAGGUUGCAGCGGGGCCUGGGGCUGGGCCACCUCUCCCGCUUUUUUGGAAAUGCGAUGACCUGCCUCCUCUCCCCACACUCGCAGGUGGUCACAGCGGCCACCCAGAGCCUCAAGGAGCUCCUGAAGGAAUGCGUGGCCCCUCACAUGGCUGACAUCGGCUCCGUGACCUCCUCGGCCUCAGGCCCCGCCCAGUCCAUUGCCAAGAUGUUCAGGGCGGCGGAGGAGGGCCUGACGUACCGAUUCCACGCGGCAUGGGGCUGCGUGCUGCAGCUGCUGUGCGCGUUCUUUGAGGCUUGUGGGAGGCAGGCCCACCCUGUGAUGAGGAAGUGCCUCCAGUCCCUGUGUGACCUGCGCCUUUCCCCUCACUUCCCCCACACGGCAGCCCUGGACCAGGCGGUGGGGGCCGCAGUGGCCAGCAUGGGGCCCGAAGUGGUACUCCAGGCCGUGCCCUUGGAGAUCGAUGGCUCUGAAGAAACUCUGGAUUUCCCACGGAGCUGGCUGCUGCCUGUAAUCCGGGACCAUGUCCAGGAAACGCGGCUUGGCUUCUUCACCACCUACUUCUUGCCCUUGGCUAACACCCUGAAGAGCAAAG